UCAGGAAUGCUGGUUUGUGAUUUUUUGCAUAUAAAUAGACCAGUAACAACCAGGCCAACUCAUCUGCACAUAGACGUAACAUGGGUUUAUUACAAGCAUUGGUCCUCACGGUAAUGUUAGCUGGUAGUCAAGGCCACAAAAAUAAAUGGUGGAAUGGAUGGGAUAACGACAACACCUAUAAAUACCAGAACACAGAAUACUGCUUUGAAGGCGGAGAAGCAGAUCUUGAAUGUCCGGACGGCUAUUUGAUCGAUAUCAAUUGGGCAGUCUACAAAUACAGUUAUUAUCGAUAUUUUCGUUGCAGCGACCCAAAUGCAUCACAAAAGGUCAAAUCCCUUUGUGACGGACUGAAUAGUUGUACUUUCACGUGCGAUGAUCAGUUAUUCAAUGACACCACAUGUACCAACAGAAACGAGAAAUUGACUGUUUGUUAUAAAUGUGUGCCUGAUCCAUGUGACUCGUUUUACUGUGCUAAUGGAGGGAUGUGUAAGUUGGGAUCAGAUCUAGAGCCCAUGUGUCAAUGUCUCGGAGACUGGAAUGGAACUCGCUGUGAUGAAAAUCCAUGCAACAACAUGUGUACAAAUGGUUCUUGUUUGGUGAACGCUUCAACCGGUACAGCAGAGUGUUGUUCUACAGCGGAGACAGCUGAUCCAUGCGAUCAAAUUAUGUGUCAAAACAAUGGGACGUGUCUUAUCAAUCCGACAGAUGAGACUGCUCAGUGUUGCUGUGCGGAGGGUUUUAUGGGGUCAAUGUGUGAAACCCAAGUUGACGCCUGUACAAACAACCCUUGUGGUAAUGAUGGAAAUUGUAGCGUCAACACCAUAGGAAUAGCACAAUGUUCUUGUUCAGAGGGAUUUGGUGGACCUCGAUGCAAUGUUGAUUGUAAUCAGCGGUUGCCAUGUGCGCCCGGUUUCAAUGAGAUACCACCUGGAUCUGGGAACUGUUACUUUAUCUGUCCUACAGAUUCGCAGUCAUGGCUUGCGGCUGAGCUGACUUGUCUGUCACUCAAUGCCUCACUAUGGGAACCUAAUGACGCUGCAGAAGUAACGAGCGUCGUAGCAGUAUUAAAUACUCUCGGUGUUACUGAAGAAUACUGGACAGGAGGUUUUGAUGGACUAAAUGAAGGUACCACUAUAUUGGUUGGUUCAGGAUCAAGUUUCACUCAACCAACUGUUGGUACCAAUACUGUUGAGAAAGAUUGUGUUGAAAUUGAGAGAGAAAGUGCUGCAACGGGUUGGCAAUUUAAAUAUAGAACAUGUACUGCAACCACGAGGAGGUGCAUUUGUGAAGCACUGAAUCCUUGCCAGCUUACACCGUCACCAAUCAUUCCAGUUUUCGGUACUGCCCCAUAAGUGGUUGACAGAUUUGUAAUAAGAUAAUUGUCAUUAUAAAAACCGGCAUGACAUUUUUUGUAGUAUAUAUUGUUCAUGAUAUAUUUUUAGAAGUGUUUAUCUUAAUGUUGUUCCGUUUAUUUCUGAAAUAUUGUGACACUUGCAUGUUAGAAAAGUGAUAAUGUGUAGUUUUAUUGACUUAUAAAAGUAUUCAUUUUUAACUGUCCUCAAGUAUCAUUUGUUCAUUUAGUUUUUUAUAUCGUUUUGCUUACAAUGUUAUUAUCAUCACUGCAUUGAUUUUCAAUAAAUAUAAAUAUCA